AUGACAGAUGACUUCGGACAGUUGGAAAACAAGUUAGGUCAGCUCUCGCUCAAUAACACCUCAUCAACUCUUCCGCCAGAGCAACUCCCCGGCGAGGCUUCUUCUGCUAUUCAGACUGGAUGUGAUGAGCCAAAUCAGCAGUUGCAUGAACGAGGUGGCGCAGGCGCACGCGACCCGAGCACUGUACCUUCGAUACAGCGUGAAGGUCGUGGCAUUGCUCGAGACCAAAACGAUCAAAAAACAGUUGACUCUCAUUUUUUGAAACAACAGACUUCUGAUCAUAUUGAGGAAAUGACUAUGGUCUCCUCUGGCACCUCUGGGACGAGAUUGCAGCGGCAAGGUGCAAAUCGAGUGGUCGCCAACGGAUCAUCUGACGAAAGUAGCCGACAGAAGCAUACACUAAACGGUUAUUUUAGUGUAGGUUUAUCUUGA